GCAAGCCAAGCAAUGGUACUUAAUGCAAUGGGAUAUGAUGACAACGAUGGGAAAAUUACGUUUCACAAGGACAUGAAUAGAAUCUGCUUUAGUCCACCCAAUGAUCCUUUACUACCAAGAAAACUCAAUGCCUUUCAAAAGUUCACUAAGAAAUUAGGAGGAAUCCUCUUCAUAUCAAGGUACCGAAGCACAUCAGUUCAUCAUUUAGGUGGGUGCAAUGCAUCAUCAGAUCAUUUAUGUGGUGUUUGUAACCCCAGUGGUCAGGUUUUUGACCCAGAAGGUCCUGCCACAGUACAUGCGGGUCUCUAUGUCUGCGAUGCUUCUUUAAUCCCAUGUUCUGUUGGCAUAAAUCCCUCUCUUACAAUCGCAACUGCGGCUGAAUACGUAAGCAAGCACCUUGUGAGGGAUGUUCUCAUGUACAAGAACAAUAAUGACAUUGAAAUUCCUGUUAAAACUGAUCAUCAAAGUCCUCAUUCUACUCCCGAGAAGAAUACAAGGGGUGAUUGGAGAUCAAUGGUCAUCUUUAAAGAGACCAUGAGAGGUUAUAUUGGGGGUAUGCCAUCCACAGCUUAUUUGAAAAUGAAAAUGAACUCUCGAGAUAAGAAGGGCCCGGGUGAGUGGAAAUGGGGUAUAAGAGAAUGUCAUCCUCUUCUAAGAGGGAAAGUUGGUGGAUACGUGGAAUUUAAAGCCAUUGAGAAGGACAAGUUACAUGUCUUAGAAGGGAAAAUAAAUCUGUGUAAAGUAGAUUGCAGAACUCCUUACACUCAGUAUAUGCAUUAUCAUCUUCUCCUAGCAGCUUCUUCUGGCUCAAGAUAUGUUCUUGAGGGGAAGAAGAUAUUGAAUCCUUAUCUCUUUGCUUUAAAUGCUUGGAGUGAGACAACAACAUUGCAUGUGACAUUCAGGAAAGUUAUUAUGAACAAUUCAGGGGAAGACGAGAUGAAUCUCAAAGGCGAGUUUCAUAUCUCCAUGACAGAACUUUUGAAGAGCUUGUUAAGCCUCGAAGGAAACAAUAGAGGAAGGCUCAUACGCCUUUUAUUACGUACUCUUCUAAGAACCUACAUCUUCCAGAUACCGAGAGGGAGUCACAAGGACUUCACCAUAUCAGAUUCAUGCCUUAAACGUUAUCCAAGCAGCACCCUGCACGAAAUAAAAACAGAAGAUGGUUUUUUUAUCAGUUGUAGGCAAUGGAAGUGCACCCGAAUCCCAUUGACGCUAGAAGGACCAAAACAACCAAAACCAGUUCUCCUUCUUAAUGGGCAUUCUACUGAGAGUUAUUCAUUGCCUACAGAACCAAAUGAUUUAGUCAGAACUUUACUGGAAGAGGGGCAUGAAACAUGGCUACUGCAACCGAGGUUGCAUCCUCUGAAUCCUUCAAACUACUUCACGAUUGAAGAUAUUGGAAGAUUUGAUGUUCCAGCUGCGAUAAAUAAGAUCCUUGAACUACAUGGGCAGCACACAACUAUACAUGUCGUUGCACAUUGUGUUGGAGGCUUAGCCGUACAUAUAGCUUUAAUGGGGGGGCAUGUAUCUUCGGCCCAUAUAGCCUCCCUGUCAUGCACCAACUCUUCAAUGUUCUUCAAGCUUAAUGCUUCAUCAAUGUUUAAAAUGUGGCUUCCUCUGAUCCCGCUAUCAAUGGUUAUACUAGGAAAGAACAAAAUUCUGCCUUUGUUGGAAACAUCAAAGGCCAGUAGGCGUCAUCGGCUCCUGCAAUAUAUUGCCCGAUGGAUACCACGGUGUGAAAGAUGCACCUGCAACGAAUGUGAGGUAUUUUCUGGCAUAUUUGGAAACACAUUCUGGCAUGAAAACAUAAGCCCCAGCAUGCACUACUGGUUGCACAAAGAAAGUUUGACAAGGCUUCCCAUGGCAACAUUUCCCCAUCUCAGAAAAAUAUGCAAGGCCGGUUUCAUUGUUGAUAAUAAUGGCAACAACUCGUAUUUGAUCCAUCCUGAGAGAAUGGCCCUUCCUACCCUUUAUAUUUCUGGAGGACGGAGUCUCCUUGUGACUCCAGAGACUUCAUUUCUUGCUCACAAGUACAUGAAGUUACACCAGCCUGCAUUUAGACAUGAAAGAAUCGUUGUGGAGGGUUUUGGGCAUUCCGACCUAUUAAUUGGAGAGGAGUCGUAUGAGAAGGUUUUUCCUCACAUUCUGUCUCAUAUAAGAUCAUCAGCUGAAGGAGGAAAAAAUGGUGAAACCAUUGCCGAGGGAAGGAAGUACGGUAAAGAGUCCUUGGAGUGGGAAAAUGAUCCAUACGAAGAAUAUGGUGGAUUUAGGAGUUGGUUUCCUCCUUUAGCUGUCAUUUUGCUGUUUCUAUUCUUCUUUUUCUCAUUGUCUUGUUUCUAGCUCGCCUCCGUCAUACAUGUAACUCUAUUUGCAUUUUUCCUUUCGUGUUAUGUAGUCCAUUUAUUGAUUUGACCCCACUUUUGCAUGUCAUCUAAAAAAGAUUUAUGUUAUGGACACAAAAAUUUGUGUUCACUCACAUACUUAUGAAAUUACUG